CGGGGCUGGACCGCGCAGCGUGUGACGCCGCGGCCGCUGCGGAGCUGGGAUUAAUGGGAAAAGUUUUGGCAGGGGCCGGAGGACCCUGCGGAGCCUGCGGGACGGCAGCGGUGGCGCGGGGGGCAGCCAAGUCAGCGUCGCGUGGUGUUUUGGGUAUGCACAUGGUACUCACGCAGUGGCUGCUGUUCACCGACAGAUGAGGACAGAUGCACCAAAGAGGUUGACAGGAACUGCCCUGUAGAGGUCCAUCUGCACUCAGACCCAGAUGAUGCCAGAGCUAUGACCGGGCCUGCAGGCGUGGCGCCGAGGGGAAGUCAGCCAUGGAGCAGCCGCCGGAGGAAGCCCCUGAGGUCCGGGAAGAGGAGAAGAAAAAGGAAGUGGCAGAGGCCAAAGGAGGCCCAGAGCUCAAUGGGGGACCAGAACACUCACUUCCCUCCAGCAGCUGUACAGAUCUCUCCCAGAGCUGCUCUCCACCCGCGCUGCUGGACCAGCUGCAGAUGGGCUGCGACGGGGCCUCGUGCGGUGGCCUCAGCAUGGAGUGCCGGGUGUGCGGGGACAAGGCAUCAGGCUUCCACUACGGAGUCCACGCUUGCGAGGGGUGCAAGGGCUUCUUCCGCCGGACGAUCCGCAUGAAGCUGGAGUACGAGAAGUGUGAGCGGAUCUGCAAGAUCCAGAAGAAGAACCGCAAUAAGUGCCAGUACUGCCGCUUCCAGAAAUGCCUGGCGCUGGGCAUGUCUCACAACGCCAUUCGCUUUGGCCGGAUGCCCGAGGCAGAGAAAAGGAAGCUGGUGGCUGGGCUGACAGCAAACGAGGGGAGUCAGCACAACCCGCAGGUGGCUGACCUGAAGGCCUUCUCCAAGCACCUCUACAGCGCCUACCUGAAAAACUUCAACAUGACCAAAAAGAAGGCCCGCGCCAUCCUCACCGGCAAGGCCAGCCACACAGCGCCCUUUGUGAUCCACGACAUCGAGACCUUGUGGCAGGCCGAGAAGGGCCUGGUGUGGAAGCAGCUGGUGAACGGCCUGCCGCCCUACAAGGAGAUCAGCGUGCACGUCUUCUACCGCUGCCAGUGCACCACAGUGGAGACGGUGCGCGAGCUGACCGAGUUCGCCAAGAGCAUCCCCAGCUUCGACCACCUCUUCCUCAACGACCAGGUGACCCUUCUCAAGUACGGCGUGCACGAGGCCAUCUUCGCCAUGCUGGCCUCCAUCGUCAAUAAGGACGGGCUGCUGGUGGCCAACGGCACUGGUUUUGUCACCCGCGAGUUCCUGCGCAGCAUCCGAAAGCCCUUCAGUGACAUCAUUGAGCCCAAGUUUGAGUUCGCUGUCAAGUUCAAUGCCCUGGAACUCGAUGAUAGUGACCUGGCUCUCUUCAUCGCAGCCAUCAUUCUGUGCGGAGACCGGCCAGGCCUCAUGAACGUGUCACAGGUGGAGGCCAUCCAGGACACCAUCCUGCGGGCCCUCGAGUUCCACCUGCAGGCCAACCACCCCGACGCCCAGUACCUCUUCCCCAAGCUGCUGCAGAAGAUGGCAGACCUGCGGCAGCUGGUCACCGAGCACGCCCAGAUGAUGCAGCGGAUCAAGAAGACCGAGACCGAGACCUCGCUGCACCCCCUGCUCCAGGAGAUCUACAAGGACAUGUACUGAGGGGUGCACCCUGGGCCUCCCAACAGGCCUCCCGGGGCAGGUGGACGGCGCGGGGACAGACACUGCCUGCGGGACAUUUCCGUUGACCAGCCCGAGCCCUCAGCCGAGCAGCAGGUCACAGGCUCAGCCAGACACACGGCCUCCCACUCCUUGUAGCCCUGCCUCCUCUCCCUCCUCAGCUCCCCUCUCUCUCAUCUCUUUGCUCUUUCUCUUCCUUCCUCUCUCAGCCUCGCUUUCUCUCUCCCCAUCCCGUCUGUCCUUCUUUCUCUUCCUGUGAGACAGUUUGUGUUAUUUCACCAGCACCAAAACAAGACCUCUGCUUUGCCCCCUGCUCCCCGGCCCCGGAGCAGGAGGGGGCAGGGCCUGCCCUCUGCACCAACCAUCGCCUUCUCCAGUCUUCAGAGGACACUCAGGCCAUCCAAAGAAACACUAAGCUCUCCGGGCCUGGCUUACUGGGGAAGCCACGCAGGGCCUGGGCUGAGUGCCGAGCAGCCCUAGCCACGGGGUCCCUGGGGGAGGCCGCCCACCCGAGGCUGAGGCUGGCACCCCCUGGCUGAGCGGACCCCGCUCCUGCAGCAUGCCUCAGCCCCACAGACGCCCACCCCUCUUUUGUUUUUCUUUGCACCAGUCUUCCAGGCCAGUGCCACUGAUGGCCCCCUGUGCUGGCUGCUGGCGGAUGCUCCCAGCCUGGAUGGAGGUGGGAUUCCCUCCAGGUGGGGGCUCCCACACCCCCAUUGAAGAGGAGCAUGCCUCAAGGGAGCAGUUGGUAGGGAAGGCAGUGGGCAGCAGACUUGAUUCUGACCCCAGGCCUUGGGUGGGUCCUCCCUCAGCACCCCACUCUCUCCAGCCUCUACAGCAGCCACCGAGCCCUGCCCAUGCUGUGUCAGCAUCGCACCUCCCACCUCCGCAGCACCCCGGCCUGGCCUCAGCCACGCCCUUCUUUCUCCAGCCGGGCGACACUGGCUCCAGCCCAGCUGAAGCGCACACUCCCUGGAGCGCCUCCAGCACACGCAGCACGAGCACUGAAAUCACUUUACCUGCAGGUUCCACAACCUCGGCCUCCCUCCUGAGGCAGGUGGACCACAGAGCUGUGCCCCUGACUCCCUGGGUGGGUGGGGAGCCCUGCUGCCCCAGCCCAGCACUGCUCACAGGGGAGGUACCCAGGAUGAACUGAUCCCGCUCACUUGUGACACCCAUUUGUCCCAGCAGCUCUGCUGCCCUCCCCUUUCCUUGUUUGGCACAGCCAGGCACCUGGAGCUCUCCCUGCACCGCUUCUGGUGACCAGGGACCCUGCCAGGCCCAGUCGCACUCCUGGCCCCACCCCGGCCCCCUCCCCAGUGACAGCACUCACCUCAGCAGGGGCUGAAGCACAGCUGGGGCCCCGUCUGAGCAGGAGGACAGGGCGCUUUUCCAGGGAGGAAGCUGACCUGGAGCGCCCAGGGGCUGGCUAGGGUCUCUGAGAAGGUGGCGGAAGACCUAGGGUUAGCGCCCAGGUUCCUGGGUCCUGUCUGGUCUUCCUUCCCUGGGGGUACUCUGUGCUGGCAGGAUUGUCCCCUCCUGGCCACACACCACUUCCCAUCCUUGCCCACCUCCCACCCCCCCGUCUGGUACUGAGGCUACAGCUCUUCUCAGUGUCUGAACAACCUCCAAAACUGAAAUGUAUAUUUUUGCUAGGAGCAGCUUCCUGUUUUUAAUAUAAAUAGUGUACACAGACUGAUGGAACUUUAAAUAAAUGGGAAUUAAAUAUUUAA